AGUCAACUUCCCGUGGAAAGGGGAGGGACUGCUCUCUUAAGGUGAGGCGGAAACAAAGGAUUAAAAACAAAGCAGGGGGACAAAAACACGACUGCCUAAAGAUGACAAGUUUAGCUGAGGACAGAGCAGUUUCCAGGAAUCAGCAGUAUGUCCAUGAACAGUGACAAUUCUCGAGAUUUUCCUCCAGUCCUCAGUCAUGAACCUGGAUCCUCAGGCACAAAACAUCAGCAGCACAAACACAGAGCAGAGUUUCCAGGAUCCAGCUCCAUGUCCACGAACAGUGCCAAGUCUCGAGAUUAUCCUCCAGUCUUCAGUCAUGAACCUGGACCCUCAGUCACAAAGCAUCAGCAGCACAAACACAGAGCAAAGUUUCCAGGAUCCAGCUCCAUGUCCAUGAACAGUGCCAAGUCUCGAGAUUAUCCUCCAGUCUUCAGUCAUGAACCUGGACCCUCAGUCACAAAACGUCAGCAACAUGAACACAGAAGGGAAUUUCUAGGAUCCAGCUCUGUGUCCAUGAACAGUGACAAAUCUCGAGAUUAUCCUCCAGUCUUCAGUCAUGAACCUGGACCCUCAGUCACAAAAGAUAAUCCACUGGUUGGGGAGCCACUGUCCUGCUGUGCUUUGUGUCAGGAUGUUCUGAAGGAUCCAUCAAAAACCUCCUCCUGUCCCCAGUGUGGAGAAAGAUCCAGAACCAGAGCUGGUCUGCAGACAGCCAAUGUUUCUCUCCAGAAGAUUUCAGAUGCACUAAAGGCCAGUCUGAGGACGAGAUAUGAACAUGUGAUUGAAGGAACUAAUAAAACAGGAUGUGGAGCCCUCCUCAGAUCGAUCUACACUGAACUCUACAUUACAGAGGGACCGAAUGAAGAAUUUCGCUUCCAACAUGAGGUGAGGUAGGUGGAGAGUGUUUACAAGAAGAAAAUCCACUGUGAAACACCAAUAAGCUGCCAGGACAUCUUUAAAGCCUUUCCUGACCAACAGAGACCCAUCAGAGUGGUUCUAACAAAUGGUGUUGCUGGCAUUGGAAAAACCUUCUUGGUGCAGAAGUUCACUCUGGACUGGGCAGAGGGCUUGGAGAACCAACACAUCAGUGCGGUGGUUCUGCUUUCAUUCAGGGAGCUGAACUUGGUCAGAGAUGAGCAGUACAGUCUCCUGGAGCUGAUCCAUGUUUUCUAUCCAACAUUACAGAGCGUCACAGCAGAGAAGCUCACUGUGUGUAAUCUUUUGUUCAUCUUUGAUGGCCUGGAUGAAAGCAGACUUUCAUUGGAUUUCACCAACAGGAAGCUUGUGUCUGAUGUCACACAGAAGUCAUCAGUCAGUGAGCUGCUGACAAAUCUCAUCCAGGGGAAUCUGCUUCCCUCUGCUCUCAUCUGGAUAACUUCCCGACCUGCAGCAGUCAGUCA